CUCGUUUUGAUGAAAAGCACAGCGGUAGAAAUGUGAAGUGAAGCAAGCGAUAAACUUUCGCAAACUUUUGUUGAAAAAUAUGGUAUUUUUUGCACUGUUUAGGGCAUGUGAUACACUGAUUAGAAUGGAUUAGAAGGUAGUGCCUACUGUCUCUUCAAAGAUGGAAAAAAAUAAUCCGCCUCUACUAUUCAUCCUGAAACGAUGCCUUUUUCUUGCCAGAAAAGAAGUGACCAAGCCAUGUAUGCUGGCUCUUGCCAUCUUACAGAUUAUUGUAUGUGUAUCGCUGUACGAGCUAUACAAUCAUCACCUAAUAUUUGUGAAUAUAGAUCCAGAUGAUUAUGCACAAGAUCAUGGAAUGGUUCAUGUGUCCAAGAAAUUGCAUAUUGACUGGGCCCAUCUAGACAUGCUGAAAUCACAAGGCACAUUAAUAGACUGGGAAAAAAUAGAGCUUUUGCCAAAGUCAUUGGACGAAAGACAUGAUAGAUGGGUUGUUCUCACUACAGUUCAUGAGCCAACAAUUGCAGCCAAGAGACUUGCAGGCUUAGAAGGCUGGCGUACUGUAGUUAUAGGAGACGAGAAAACACCACCAGACUGGAGUCAUUCAAAUGUCAUCUAUCUCGACCUUGACAAACAGAAGAGUCUGGGAUAUGAAAUCUCUAACCACAUUCCAAAGAACCACUACAGUAGAAAAAACAUUGGUUACCUGUAUGCCAUCCAGCAUGGGGCAAACAUUAUCUAUGAUGCAGAUACAAACACCCAGCUUCUAAGAAAUAAACUUGGCUUUCAUCUGGAUGAAGACCCAAGAAAACUUUUAGUUUACAGUACCAAUCAUAAUAUUAUCAACCCAUAUCCACAUUUUGGGCAGAGUACAGUCUGGCCAAGAGGGUACCCAUUGGAAAUGAUUGGAGCACCCCCACAACACACAUUUGUCUUAUGUGAAGGGAUCAACCCUGGUAUACAGCAGGCAUUAUCCAACGGUGCCUCAGAUGUUGAUUCAAUAUUUAAACUUACAAGAAAUAACCACAAUACAGCUCUGAAUAUAACAUUCAAUGGGAAAUCUGAAAAGGUAGCUAUUCCACAUGGGGCAUUUUCAGUGUUUAAUGCUCAAAACACUCUUUACCACCAUGAUGUGCUAUGGGGUCUAUUGCUACCAGUGAGUGUACAGUCCAGGGUGACUGAUGUAUGGAGGAGUUACUGGGCUCAAAGGCUUAUAUGGCAAGUUGGUAGAAGCCUUGUGUUCCACCCUCCAAAUUCUCACCGAUCUCAACUUCCCCACGAUAAUCUGAGAACUCUAAGGGAGGAGCAGAUGCUAUAUUAUAAUACAGGAGAGUACUUGGAAUCCCUUCUUGAGUGGUCUAGUACAAAAUCUGCUGUUUUUGACCAGGUGUUGGAUCUAGGAAUUUUUCUUACCAGGAAGAAGUUGUGGAGUGUCCGUGAUGCACACCUGUUAGAGGCGUGGCUGCAUGACCUUAUUCGUGUUGGUUAUAUACCACCUUCUCCUCAGCCCAAAGUCCAUUGUUCUUCGUCAAAGGAUAUUUAUAUACCUCCAUAAGAAAAAAGUUACCCUAAAAAAGCUUAGAAAAGGAACUAGGCAAGAAACUGAGUGGUACUAAGGGGGGAAAGGUGUAAUUUACUAUACCAUGCUUAGAAUAGGAACAGGGUUGUGUUUUUUUUUCUCUUGGUUCCAGGAACAAGGGUGAGCAUGCAUUUUUGUUUGUGUGUGUUUACCCGGGUUAAAACGGUGAGCAUUCAUUCAGAACUAUUCAUUGCUCUCGGGGGUUCCUUUAUCUUAUUAUCAAUCUUGAAUGUCGUAGUAAAUGUUAUAUCUGAGAACGGGGAUGAGCAAAGGAAAGCAAGAGAUGAGCAAGGAAUAUGGACUUGUAUAUGGUAAACAGUAAAAAAAAUUCUUGGCCGAGAAUCGAACGUCGUCCAGAUCCGGUAAAAUGAAAAAAAUAUAUAUACCAUACUUCCAGACUUCCGCUGAAACACCGUAUGGCAGCAUAUAGCUUUACGGCUAAGCUAGAGAUUUCGGCCCCAGCACCGCUAUCUAAGAAACUGUACAACACAAAGGAACCUGAGGCACCCGCGCAUUAAUGGGGGAGGCAAUAGCCAGGAUCCCAGCCCUGUCUUGUCGGUUACGCCACGCACAGUUCGCUAAAAUUUACAUUGAAAAAUAUCGGGGUCUUUUUCACGCUUGCGUCUCGUGGGAAUAGGUGUUUUGCUAUAGUAAAUUAAAGACAAAAAUGCUUGCUCAAUCAAUCUAUCAAGCUGGGAAUACCAUUGGUUGAAUUUUAAAAUAAAAAGUAAUAUAACA